GCGUUUUGCAACAUUGCCUUACGUAACAUUGAGUGUAACUUGAGCUGGUUGCUUCUUCAUUCGCAGGAAAUUUCAUCAGGAAGCUGUUACCUCGCCGAAAUCUCCUCAAUUUCUGAAGUACGAUUUGAAAGGUUCAAAGGGCAAAAAUUUGCAAUCAAGACAGCCGAGGUUAGCUGCUAUUUUUGAACAAAUUGAGUUGUUGCAACGUGGAACUUUGGCGCCCCUCCGUUUUGAUCCCUGAAAGACAAUAAACAUGACGUUGGAUGCUGAAGACCAAAAGCGCCUGAAGGUCGCUGACUGGAUCAUCAUCGCGAUCUAUUUUAUAGCGUGUAUGAUCGUGGGACUGUGGGUGAGUUUAACACAAUCUGCAGUUCAUUAAAAGCCAUCGGUCGUAAACCUAGGCGAGGUUGUUUACAACUUACGCUGUACGCCUCAUGAGUCCAAGUUUUGUAAGGCCGUAAGAAUAUUUUACAGAAAAUUCUAGUGUUACUGCCUUUCGGUAAUUGUCAUAUUUUAGGAGACAGCAUGUUAACUAAAUUUGAUUUCUAGGAAAGGCUAUUUGUCGAACAAGAGUAGAUCUUGAAUGCAGACAUAGCCAAAACUCAAGAUGUUGACAACGCAUCGUCUCAAAACAAAUUUGUCGCGGCGUUCUGGAAAAAAAAAAAACAACAACACCCACACUAGCCAUCUGCUACGGUUGCUUUGUUAUAUUUUAACCUUCGUUCUCCUCGCAUUCUGAAAUUUCGAUGGAGAAAGUCUCGCAAUGUAAGUAGUUUGUCUUAGUAGACCGUAGUGUCUGGGACCUGUGCAUAAUUUUACACAUGUUCUUGAAUAGAGUAAUGCUCAGUUGACCUACGAUAAAAGUCGUGUGCAGAUUUGUCUUUUUCGAUCCCUAUUAAAACUUUGGUUCGAAUAUAGGACUGUAGUGAAAAGCGUAAUUACAGCGUCGUCUUAGCCAGUGUGUAUCGUGAGCUUCUGUGAAAUUCCGCGCUUUGAGUUGAGGGCAGUCGACAAAUGACCCAAACAGAUGUAAUUUUACGAGACUGACAGGUUCUUGAUAGAUCUUGGUUGAUUUUUAACUUUUCCAGCAGAGCGCUGUUGCAUCAUUCCUUUUUCUGUUUUUUUGAAUUUAUUUUUCCUACAGUACUAGCGAUGGAUCUCUGAUUUGGUUGUGUUGGUAACAGCCACUUAAGUUGGGAAGGCAAUUGUUUUUUUAAGUUAUCGUUUCCUACGCAUUGUAUGCUCUCUGUUUGGUUGUCAAUCAUCUUAAAUAUGUGACAGCAUGGUGUAUGCAAAUUGCAGACUCAUGGGAGUUUGCAAGAACAACACACUUUAGAGUUUGCAUCAUAUAUGUUGGCAAAAUUUGUGCGAUAAAAAAGGUCCUUUGGAAAGGACAGCACUCAAGAGUAUGAAUUAGUGCAGUUAUGUAACCUUCCUUGACCUCUGUAAAAUACAAAGCCAUAUUUUAACCUUGGGAAUGAAGCCAAUAUCUCAUUGAUAGCAAUAAAUGUUUUGCUUUGUUUGUAGACAUAUGGAGCUCUUUUGCUUUUCAUAGUGACUGUUUUGACCAUUUUAAACCUCUGCAGUGUGAAUGUUUUUUUCAGAAUACCGUGAAAGUGGAGUCAAAACUAUUUUUAGGAUUUAAAACAGUUUCAUAUGUUGUCUAUCUUGCCACUGCCUUGAGUUCUAAACAUAUUUUUCAGGAUUAAUUGGUCUAAAAAUUUUCAAAACUCCUCUUCAAUUUAUGGGAAAAUCAAGAGUGUUAUUGAAUCAGACAUCUUGCUAGAAAGGAAAUGAUUAGAAACAGCGGCAAUAUACAGCUGAAAUGCUUUAACUUGUCUCUCAAUGACUGCAUUGUUAUUAGGGAUUCUUCCACUGAAAUUUUGUUUUGAUCUGUUUGUAGUAAUAUGUAACAAAUAGUAGAGUAAUACAGUUUAUACCAAAUAUUUAUUGAAAGCAGAUAAAGUGUGAUAUAAAUUGGCAAACAAGCACAAUAAUUCUAAGAUCUUGUUUAAAUUUCUAUAGACAGUGGAAUUAACAUGAGUUCUACUCAUGCGGAAAAAGUUUAUUUGAUGGUUGUAAGCUUGUGCCUGAUCUUCACAAGUAUUCACAGAUUACCAGGUGUCUCAUUAGGAUAUUCUUUGUUAUUUAAAAUCUAACUCAAAUUUAUUAUUGUUAUUUUUUCUUUUUUUUUUCAGUCUAAGUUCCGAAAACAGAGAGGCAGAAAUGAAACUGCCGAAACAUAUUUUUUGGCGGGAAGAUCUGUGAUGUGGUGGGCGGUAAGUUGUUUUCAACCUGCAUAUUCUCCAUGCUGUUUGCUAUACAUUUACUAAGAUGCUGACUAGGAGAAUCCAUACAAAAAUUGAGAACUUCUUUAUUUGUUUAAUUCUUUUGGGCUGAAUAAUGUGUGAUUCAGGGGUAAUAUUGUAAGGAGAAAGUAGAGGCUAGUCACUCUUUGGUGUCAAGGGUAAAUGAUAAAAGAAGAGGAGAUAAAAAGCUGUACUCCUUUUGAUCUGUACCAGGCUCAGGUUAAAAGCAUCUCUCCCUUUUUUAAUCGUCUGGUAAAUUAAGUAGCAAACUGUGUUCUUAAGGACGGCACUUGGGACAAAAUUGCUUGUGAUAUACAAUACAUCGAGGAAGCUAAGAAUCUACCAAGUUGACAUGUUUUCCCAUAGUAAAGUACUGUUUUUAUUCCAAAGUUAGGAAAGAAGAAGGAGUGUAUUUGGGGUAAGGGGGAUGUGUAAAAUGUACCCUUAAAUCCUCUGAGAUAUGGUUACACCCGUGAUUGAGCCCUGAGAUAAUCCGCUCGUGGUCAGUUUGCAUCUCAUCCCAAUGUGAUCUUGAUUUCUCAAACAUGGAACAUAACCUUAUGUAAUCCAAUCAAAAGCUGGCUUUCCUUCCUCAUCCAACAUUGUCGUUUUCUAUCCUGAUUAUCCUUGUAGUCCUUGCUAUCAUUUUGAUUUUCUAACUCAUGGUUUUAAACCUUUGGUGUUCAUCCUUAGUUUCACAAAAUGCAUCAUGAGUUAAAACAAAACUGGCCUUGCCUCUUCAGUCAAGCAAUGUUAUUAGCUCCAGAUUACUUUGAUGUUCUUAUAAUUUAAAACAAAUCCUCUCUUCCUCCCAACCCAUUUGGAAAAGUCUGGAUGUUUUCGUAUUUGGAUUGAUACACAAAAGAUAUCAAACCAUGUGCUUGUGCCAUGUAAUAAACCCAUUGAUUUUUUUACAGCACAUGUCUUUGACUCAAAUUCUGUUUCUUGAAUGUAUUUCAGGUGGGGCCCAGCCUUUUUGCCAGUAACAUUGGCAGUGAGCACUUUGUCGGAUUGGCUGGUUCUGGAGCAGCAACAGGGAUUGGUGUUGUGUCAUAUGAAUGGCAGGUAAGGGUGCUGUGUAAUCAGCUUGGAUUGAUCUCUCAGUGGUUAUCAUGCGAUUGCAGUUAUUUGUAGGAAUUGCAUGCAUUCUCUAUGCUUGUAAUGCUGCUGUAUUCAGGAGAUGUACAUUGUACCUGUGGAAAUAAGCAUUUUUACAUUUGAAUGGCUACAAAUAAAGUUUUUGUUUCUGUUUACUUGCACUAGAAGACGUAAUUGAGUCGGAGAAAUUUUGCAAAGUCCUUGUGGUGGGACAUAAUUUGCUCCCUGUUAAUGAUCACUUCAUUUCAAACUGGUGUGAGCUUUGCUAAAAUUGCAGCAACAAGAAGAGUUGUUAGUAGUGACUUGUUUUGGAAGGAGCAAGAAACAAAGCAUGGUGAUGUUCUUUUGCGAUAUUAUGCUUGUACUCCCAUCUGGUUUGUUUUCUUAAAUAAUGCGCAGCUGAUAUUUGUUCCCAAAUGCUGUGUUCUAGAUCACAAACAAGUUUAGUUUAGGUUCUGUGUAGGUAUUGGUGAUCUUUUUGUUUUGUAAUGAUAUAUGUGAUCAGGUGCUAGGGAAUCAGAGCAUGUCUUUCUUUCUAAAUAAAAAUUCACAACAGGAGAACAAGGCAAACGAAAAAUUGCAACAUUUUUUACUUUUCACUGUGGACACUUCUCUGUCUUUUCAGUUUCCUCCUCCACGCUUGUUGGCAUCCUUAAUAGCAAACCCCCAAAAAUGCCUUUAAAACGAUAUAUUACUCAGUAAUCAUGGUCCAGUUGUUCAUCAUUCUUAUUUCAAGCAAAUUUGGCAUUUCCCUUGGGCGGGAUUGAAUGAAAUGAAAUUUUAAUUUUUAUAGUUACUUUCAUUUAAACUCUCUUUGGUUGUUUUGCGGUACAAUAUUAACAAUAAUCGUCUAGGAAAAAAAAUAUUUUUCAUUAAAAAACAAAUUUAAUUAUUUCCCAGCUGCAUCUCUAUUGCAAGCAAACAAAGAGACUUUAUCAUGAGUGUCUUUUGUCAAAAUAAACUUUGAGUCAAAACACCCCAGAGCAUGUUUUCUAAAAUCAUAAUUGAUGCUUUCAAAAAACAGUAGUCCUUUCACUAGAACAAUGUAAUCGCUCUAGCUUAUCUUUCCACUUCAUAAUUGAAAAGGGUAGUUAAACCGCAAUCUCUUUUUGAUAAUUUUAAUUUCAAACAAUGGCUUAUUGGCCUAAUAUACCAUUCAGAUAAUGUUGUAGUGACAUUUCAGAAUUCUUGAUGAUAAUAACACCAUGAGUGGCUGUUUGGUGCAUUUUUUCUUCUCUCUCUCUGAUUAGUAUACUUUGGACUCAUUUUGAUGAAACUGUUUUAUAAACAGUCAUGCUACGUACUGCGUAACAGCUAGGAGGUGCUGAAACAAGCUGUUGCUUUUAUGGAGACCUCAGUACUUGUAUAUGCAGCAGCUAUCUAAAGAUUGACACGUUAUGAUUUUGAAGUUACGUUAAAUGAAAUUGCAUUAUAAACAUUCUUGCCGCAUAUUACAUAACAGGGAGGUGCUGAAACAAGCUGCUGCUUUCAUGGCACAUUAGUCAAGUGUGGAGACCUCAGUACUUGUAUAUGCAGCAGCUUUCUAAAGAUUGACACACAUUAAGAUUUUAAAGCAAGUUAUUUUCAAUGAAAAUGCAUUAUGAACAGUCAUGCCACAUAUUACAUAACAGCUGGGAGGUGCUGAAGUAAGCUGUUGCUUUUAUGGCACAAGUCAAGCGUGGAGACCUCAGUACUUGACUGUAUAUGCAGCAGCUAUCUAAAGAUAGACACAUUAAGAUUUUGAAGCAAGUUAUGUACUUGAAUACUCUUAUGAAUAAAAGGGAUACUUGUGUGACCUUUAACAGAGGUUCAAUACAGGCAUGAAAUAAAGCCUAAUUAAUGAAGGUGCCAUAUUCUGCCAAGGUUGACAACUUAAUGUCUAAAAUGUGCGGCUAAACUAAGAGGCAGAUAAAAGUUAGCCCCAUUGUUGUACAGCAAAACAUUUUGAUUGUUUUGUCAGUGGGAGACUGUCUGUUGGAGUUGAAUUUAAUUUAACAGUCAGUUAUGUAGUUCUAGUUUGUUCCUAAUAGAUAAAGCUAUCAGGAAGUUCUGAUAACUUGCCAUAAAUGUUUUUUGGUCUGCUGCUUUUGCAUGUAGCUGGUUGCUUAUGCCUUGUUUCCAUAUUAUUACUGUUUUAAGAAAUUAUAAUAAUAUUAUUGAUGUGUCAUUGAAUAAAUUCAGACUGAAGCCAUUACCUCUUUUUUUAGAGGAAUUGAAUGUAUAAUAAUUAUUGACCUCAAACAGGCUUACAUUUGGGAGUUAUUGUUUUUAAGUAUUUGCUGGAGGUUUCUGCAUAAUCAGUGGAACAUCUGAAUAAUUUCCAGACGGUGUCGUAUAACAUUUGCCAAAACAUCACGGGAUCUUCAACAAUCUGACCUAUUGGCCUUUUGUAUUUGCUAUGAGAAAAGAGAAGAAUAUCAAUCAUGGGAUUAUUAGUUGAUCCAAUACCAAAUUCUCUGAACUAACAUCAUAAGAACUGUAUGGUAGAUAGUAAGGAGAAUUACUAAUCAGAUCUUGGGAGUGAAACCCUGAUGAGUGUAUUUACCAUUGAAAAUCCUAAAAAAUGGGGAAGAUCAUCUUUACUUUAGGUAGCUUUGAUUCUUGGCCAACAUCUCAGUUCAAUUGUCAGCCAACUUUAGGAGUAGCAAGUCAGGCUGACAAUUGGGAAUAAAUUUAUGCUAGAAUUUGGGUUUCAGUCAUGCAAGUUGCAGACUGUGGGUGACUUUAUGGGGAUUAAAAUGCAAUCAUUUUAGGCUUCUUGAUUAAAAAAUUCCUGAUUGGGUUACUACUUGCUAACUGUUGUUAGCAGGCUACUAUUCAAAGAACACCCUUGUGAAUUGAAAAAGUGUCCCCUGACUUAAUACAUGUUCCUUGAAUGAAGGUUACAGAUGCAUUAAGCUUAUCAAGGCAGGUUAUUUCUUUUGGAAUCAGGGUUUGUCUCUUGAAUGGAGGGGUAUACUGUGCCUUGAUUAAGGUGUCUUUGAAGAAAAGUUUUAUAAACUGUAGUUUAUAAUUACAUUUCAUGUAGAACAGUCCAAUUUGUUUUUAAUCAUUUGUAGGCCUGCUGGGUGUUGCUGCUUCUUGGAUGGGUUUUCCUGCCAAUUUACCUGCGAUCAAGGGUAAGGAUUCUGGCUAUAAUCCUUUAACUCCCAGAAUUGAUUAACAAAUAACUUCUCCCUACAAUAUUCAUUCACUAUCCAGCAAACAGGUUAUGAGAAUAUUCAAUCUUGUCAGGUAGAGGUUCUCUUGGCCUAACACCAAAUUCUUGCAACUAAUUAAAAGGAAAAGUGUAGAAGUUGGAGGGGGGAAUUUAUGAUCAGAUCUUGGGAUUGAAACGGUUAAUAAUUUAGAAUGGAAAGAAAAAGUUACAUGUUUUUACUUUUGCUUUAAUUUGUUUCUUUAAUUUAAAAUUUCAUUUUCAAGCUCCAAAUCCAUGUCACCUUAUGCUAAAUUUAAAUUUAUUUGUUGAUACUGGAAUGAGCUUUGUAGUAAUUCCAGUUAUUCUCCUAUGCUGAUGUGACCCUCAACUCACUAUGAAUGUAUUGUGUGCAAACAUUUGCAAUAACAGUGUUUUUUUUUGUUUUUAUUUUAUCAACUGCAGGUGUUUACCAUGCCUGAAUUUCUGCAAAAAAGGUUUCAGAGCCAGUGGGUUAGAACAUACCUUACUGUGGUGGCUUUGUUCUCAUAUGUCUUCACAAAGUUUUCGGUGAGUACACCUUGGAGUGAAUUGUUACAGUACUAACUGAAACCUCUAGCACAUCAUGUGUAUGUUUCAUCCAGAGAGCCAGUGUGCUAUGCUUGUGCAGUGACUUGUGACAGUUCACUUGGAGCGGUUUCCUAUUGGAGAUCUGCUUGACUCAAUCUUCCCAAAAAAAAAGAUGAUACCAUAGAGGGUCAGCAAUAUUUCACCACCCACCCUUUAAAAAAAAAUGGAAAUGCUAGGAACCCCAAUUUGGUCUGACGCAAGGGCUUUGGAAGUGAAAUUGACAAAUUUUGACUCCAUCUCAGAUUUUCAAUAAAAUUCCAUUAUCAAGGGUGUCAUAAAUCAGUAGUCAUUGUUUGUAUUGUAGGUUGACAUUUAUGCUGGUAGUUUGUUUCUGUAUGAAGCAAUUGGCUGGAAUAUUUAUAUCUCUGCUGCUGUGACCUUGGCAAUAACGGCUGUCUACACUGUCCUGGGUAAGUUCAAUACUAACAGUUCCUAACUAAAGAUAGUUGUAUUAUAUCUACAUGUACUUGUGUUCAAAUGUGGCUCAUGUUGUAGGAGAGGUGGAGGCAAUUUUUUUGGGCUGGUUGUGGGGUCAGGUGUGAGAGCCAGCUGGGUCAGUGUGUUCAGUUCCUGAGCAAAAUGUAUUACCCUCUCAGUGCUCUUCACCACCCAGGGCCCAGUUGUUUGAAGGCCAAUUAGCACCAAUCCAGGGUUAAAUUUGAAUCCAGGUUUCUUUGUUUGUCUAUUCAAGAGCCUUUUUCAGAAAAGUUUCCUUGUUCUUUUAAGAGCAUCCAAUAAUCAAAUUGUAGACAAAAAGAGUUAAACAGAAUAUUUUUUUUUUAAGCUUUCAGGUCAGAAAUCAAAUUUCACACUAACCCCACAGAGAUAACACAUAUAUCAGUCACAAAACAUUCAUUGGUACCUUUGAUGCUUAACAUGGAGUGAAAGUUUAAUUGUUACUUAUAAUUAUUUUCUGUCUUCUCUGCAGGUGGUUUGACUGCUGUAAUCUUCACCGAUGUCCUCCAAUGUACCAUCAUGAUUUUGGGUGCCAUUGUACUGGCAAUAUUAAGUAAGAGCACAUGAUUACUUACAUUAAUCAAAACUGAAACAAAAUUCUUGGAUGUGAUUGGUUAUCACCAGCCUGAUUUGAGCACUGAUUGGGCAGUGUACAUGUCAUCCUUGUAACUUGAUAAUGUAAUAGGACAGUUAAAGGGACAGUUAACACCUCAUGCCUGUGUAAGUGGACAGAGUGCGUCAUGUGCGCAUGCUGUUGUCUUGCAUUUUGCUGAAUUAACUAUCUGUGGUUUUUUUUUUUUUUCCAUGAAAAGAUAUAUUAAUCAAUGCCCAUAAAGAGUGUUUUUGGUGUCAUGAUUUACUGUCUAGUCCAAUAAUGAGAGGUGUUCACAAAUUAUUUGUAAAGCAGCACCCCCCUCAAAUCUUUAACUAUGCUAGUUAUCUUUUAUGGACUUGGCGGGCAUUAGUACUGAUGUUUUUUCUAAAUAUGGUUUUAAGGCUUUGUGAAAGUUGGAGGAUACAAUGGUCUUUGGGAAAAGUUCGGAAGUGCCCAGGGUAGUCCUUAUGCACCUACCAUUGUUCCCACCACAAUGACAGUCAAUAUGACAAAUGCUUCAAUGCUGGCAAACACGACGACUGCUAUGCCAACCACUGGACCCGACCUAAGCGGGUGCUUCAAAUUGACUCCUUACUGGGCAAACAUGUUCCGUCCGAUAGACGACCCUGACUAUCCAUGGCUUGGAUUGUGGACCACUCUUCCUAUUAUGGGAGUCUGGUAUUGGUGUACAGAUCAGGUAGGUCAAGUGUAUUUUUAACCCUUUACUCCUUGACAUCAGUAUACAUAUUCUCCAUUCUGUUCUCUUUACUUUUCCUAUGGUGCCGAUGAGGAGAAUUUGUUUGAACAAUCAAGAGCUUCUUUAAUUGGCUAAUGUUUCUUUUAUUCGUGGGACUUUAAGGUUUUGAUGAAGGGGUAUUGUUGUGAGGAGAAAUCAGGUGCUUGUUGAAGGGUUAAAAGGUCAAGGGUCAAAGGGUUGAAGGUAUCUGGAGGGUUUGCCCUGUUGCAAGUAGGCCCCAUAUUUGUUUCACCCACCCAAAAAUUUUGCACCUGCUUAAACCAGCUCAACCCUUUAAAUUAUCAUAUUAUUUCCCUACAGUAGAAUUCAUUCCUUUUGUAUCGAAAUUGUAAUUUAUUGUGAUCAAAUGCAAAACCUCAACAACACACUUCUGUAUAUGUGGUAACUCAGGAUGAAAAUGGUUACACUUGAUUGCACUUGCAUGCACAUUUUCUGUCAAUCAAAGAUAUUAACUACAAUGUAUGUUCAGCCCCAGUCUUCGACAAAGUCAAGUAAUCUACAGCUUGAGCAAGGUGACGCUUCCAUCUUUGACAUCUUUUGCAUCUUUCUUUACUUCCAGGUGAUUGUUCAGCGUACCUUGGGAGCUAAGAACAACAUUCAGGCCAAGGCAGGUUCCAUUUUUGCUGGCUUUCUGAAGAUCCUGCCCAUCUUCAUAAUGGUGAUGCCAGGAAUGAUCAGCCGUGUCCUCUACCCUGACUCCAUUGGUUGUGCAGAUCCCGUCAGCUGUAAAUUUCACUGUGAUAAUGAGUGGGGCUGCUCUAAUAAUGCCUAUCCCAAGUAAGUUUAUUGUUUAGCCUUGUUGUGUUUGUUGUAUCAUUUGCAGAUAGCUUACCUUUUGAAGGGCACCAUGAUGGUGCACAUGCUAUUGAAGAAUUUGGCUGUGCAUGACUAUUAGAAAUAUAUUGUGUCCCCUGGAAUGUUAGUUAUGCAUCAAUUAUAAUUUUUUGAGACAGAUUCUUGAAUGCAAGGAAGAGAAGGUUUUCUUGGACAUGUGUGCUCAGUGAAGUUCGCUUAAAUGCUCUCAAAGAAUUUCUAAGUUUAAUUCGUAUUAUUGUGGUGUACUUGGAAAUCUCAGGAUUAAAGAGGAAGUUUUCACUCUAGACUGUCAUCUAAAAAUUACCUCUGAUUUACUAUGAUACCAACAACUUUACUUUUUCAACCAUGUACACCCUAAAGCACACCAGUAUAUUCUUCAUACUGUUUUCUGUUUUCUGUUGGUACUGACAAGGAAAAUUUGUGUAACAAGCAAGUCGGAGCUUCUUUCAUUGGCAAUUAUUUCCUUUAGUUUUGUGACCUUAUUGAUUGAUUUAACGGCAAUGUUCACAAGAGGAGAAAUUUGAAUUUCUCCCUUUUGUAUUAGAGGAGUGAAUUUUUUCUAAAAUGUGUCUGAAAUGGGAUCAGGAUCUCCCCCACCCUUCCCAGCCCCUUAAUCCUUGCUACUCUCCUUACACACAUGUUCAGAGAGGUUACUAGUCUUGGUACCCAACCAUUUUUUAUCUGACGGUGUGUGUCCACAGUUUUUUCUUAUCAAGACAUAUUGGUUUGUUUUUUUUUCUUAAUAGACUGGUUCUUAAUGUUCUUCCCACUGGAUUGGUUGGCCUGAUGAUGGCGGUGAUGAUGGCAGCACUGAUGUCUUCUCUUUCCUCUGCUUUUAACAGCAGUGCCACCAUCUUUACUGUGGAUGUGUGGCUCCGCUUCAGGCCAAGGGUAUGAAAAUGUCAAGGUUUUCACCCAGAAAGCAUAAAAUAGUGUUAACCUUUUACACCCAAACAUCAGUAUGCAUAUUCUCCAUACAGUUCUCUAUACCUUUCCAAAGAGGCUGACAGGGAGAAUUUGUUUAACAGUCAAGAGCUGUUUUUGUCAGUGAUCAUCUCCUCUAUUCUCAUGACUUUCAUGUUUGAUUCAGGGGGUGAUAAUUAUAGUAAGGAGAAAUUAGAUGCUAGUCACUCUUAGGGGCUUAAGGGUCAAGUAGCAUAAAAAUAUUCUUUGCAGCCAAAUGAAAAAUAGGCGUGGUCUUAAACAUUUCGCUCAAGAAUUUGUGGAUUGGGUGGAGAAUUCUCUGAUCUUUGGUAUCCAAUGAGCAGCCUUAACUUUUACUGUGGUUUUUAACUUUGAUGAGCUUUCAAAAGGUCUCCUGUCACUCCACCUGUCACGAACAGACCUUGCCAUCAUAAGUACAUGUAAUUCUAAACUUUACUUACCUGAUGCUUAAAAUGUAAACAGUGGAGGGAUGGGGAAGUUGAAAACUGAAGGCAAAAGCUACUGUUAUCAGAGAAAUGAGUUUAGCACUUUGUGGGAUUCUACAUACACGUGUACAUGUACCUUAUUAUAUACCUCAGUCGCGAUAAUGAAGAGAUCCUCUGGACAGUAUUUGUAAAGAGGCUGUUUCUUCAGGUAGUGUGUUAGCUAAGCAAAGACUGUCCUCUCUUUGUAAGUAUUUACAAAUUGCAUUUCUUUCUUUUUCAUGCUGCAGGCCACAGAAAGAGAAAAAGUCAUUGUUGGCCGGGUGGUUGUUGCCCUCCUUGUGGUUGUCAGUUUAUGUUGGUUGCCAAUCAUUCAAGGUAUUUCAGCUCAUUAUUAUCAACAUCAUCAUCACCGGGCAUCAUAUGGAUUCUGUAUGUCACUUAAGGAAUGAACAAGUUUCCAGAAUUUAGCCAGCAUUUGAGGGCCACAAAGCUGGCUCCAAAAAUUAAUUCUUUUGAGUGGAGUCCUGGCGAUUGUGUUAAUUGUUCUCUCCAUGAUUUUUUCUUCUUUGGUGCUGCAUGUAGGUAGCCUACGUGACAAUUCUUUUUCUCACAACGCUGGAAAUAAUUUGUCCAGUUAAACUUAUUUUUACUCAGGCACAGCCCAUUAUUGGCCAAAAGAAUAUUUAUCAUGCCAUAUCUUAAUGAAUUUUCCCCCCUGCCUCCCAUCCCCACAAAACAAGUUUAUUUACAAUUCCAUUAUUGCACAUGCAGCCUUAAAUACACCUGUAUUUAAAACUUGAUUCUUCUCUGCAUGCUCAAACAACUGGACAAAAUGACCAGCCAUCCGAGGAGUUAACCAGACUAAACCUUUAUUUGGACAUUGGCUACUGAGCACCAGUUAUUUCAAGCCCUGAAUUAUGUAAAUCAUUUCGCUCCUGACAAAACAGUACUAUCAUAAUUUUCAAGCAUUAAAAAGAUAGGUAACCACUUGAUAUCAGUUUGCUUUUUUGUGAAUCAUGUCCACAUGGCUAUAGAACACUUUCGAGUCAAACCAGUCAUUGUAUAUUUAUGUACAUUUUUGUCAACAGGUGCUGCAGGGAAACAACUUUUUGUUUACAUUCAGACAAUCCAAUCCUACCUUGCCCCACCAAUUACUAUGGUGUUUGGGUUGGGUAUCCUGUGGACAGGUCUGACAGCAGCAGGAGCGCUGUCAGGCUUGGUGAUUGGGUUCUUGCUGGGAAUGGCCAAGUUUAUUGCUGGUAAUAUUUGGUCAGAUCCUAAGUGUGGUGAAGAAGAUACACGACCUGGAUUUGCUAAAAUGCAUUUCAUGUUUUAUGGUGAGUAAAUUUGAUUGUUGAGGAUAAAAAGUUUUGAAAAUUAUACAAUAAGAGUGUCAGCGAAAGAAACAAAAUGAACAGGUUAGUGUGCCAGAAUCUGCUUUCCUAUUCUUCAAAUUUUGAUUUCAAAAUAUGGCUUUGGACUCUUUAACUCUUUAGUUAGCAGGACUUUCAAGAAACAGGCCUCUAGCCCUGUUUUUUUUUUUUUUUUUAUAAGAUUGGAUAGCUCUAUUCAUUGGAUAAAUUACUCUUGGAUGGAUAGUGCAGUUCAAUUUGUUCACACUUAUCCACUGGAUAGCGAUUCAUCCAUUGGACAGCAAUUUAUCCAUUGAAUAGUGGUUUCUACCCUGAGAGCAACCAGAAUCUAAGGCAAGAUGGCCAAUUGAGGGAAAAGGAGCAUGGAAAUGCUCUUUAUUUUUGCUUUGGUUUUUAACAAUUACACUUAGGGAUUCUCACCCACAAACUAAAAGUUAGAGCUAUUUUGUCUGGCAAAAUGAACCAUACCCAGUUGAGCAAAGGAUCCUGUAACAGUUAUAAACUCGAACAGAACAAGAACUGCCACCAAAAGCAUGUUGAAUGGUAUCUGUGUGAGAGUACUUCUCAUCACCCUUUCCGGCUUCAUUUCAAUGACCACAACCCUGAGGGCAAUGGGUGUUUCUUAAAUUUCUUACUCCAGGCUGAUGGUCCAGUUUUAUAGAAGUUCAUCAAAUAUCAAAAUUUUAACUUUUUCAUUUUCUAGCUAUCAUUAUUUUUGGAGUGAGUGGCUUUAUCAUGGUUGUGGUGAGUUUGUUCACAAAGAAGAUCCCACGAGACGAGCUUGGUGGCCUGACUUGGCCAACAAUCAAUGAGCCUCCCAUCUCAUUUGGAUCCAUUGGCGAAGCAGAUGAAGCUGAGAAGGUGGAAAUUGGUGGUGUGACCGGUACCGAAAAAGUCGAGCUUUUGGAAAAGAACGGUAAGGUUUCAUUGUUGGUGAAGAUUAUUUAUGCGGAACAUUUUGGGGAUUUUGUUUAUUGUGGUUGAGUUACAAACAGUUGCAGAAUCAAAACAAGUCGUGGUGGACCAAAUAUGUAUUGUGUGAAUGAUGAAAUAUCACCCUACAGUGUAUUUUAAAAUGAAACUCUCAUGAAUAGCCAAGACGGAAUUUUUUUCAAGCAGACAAGUGAUGAGUAAUGUAUCAACAUUGGGAUUGUUAGUUGAUAUAAUACAAAUUCUCGGAACUAACAUCGUAAGAAUUGUACGGUAGACAGUAAGGAGAUUUACUAAUGAGAUCGAAAGGGUUAAAAUUCUCCGCCGUUGGUAAAUUUCAGGCCAUCUAAGUCCAACAACUCGUGUGGAAACUUCUUUCGACGCUGAAGGAGAAGUUACCAAAAUCGAGGAAAAGAAUGCUGUUCCACCCAAGCCGAAUGUGAAUGGCGAGACUGUGGCACUGGAAAAUGCAACAGGCGAGAAAAUCAAACUGAGUGUAGUCCAGUUUGUCGAGGAAGAUCCUGCUCUGAAGUGGUUUUUACGAAUCAUGACUGUCUUGUUACUGGUUUGUCUAGUUUUCCUGUGGGUGUACUUUCGCUAAGCGACAUGUACAGUAUAAUUUGUCGAUCCUCGCAUAUAGUGUGAUGUAAAGAUAUGCUAAGGUGCGAUGAUCAUAUUAAUAGGAUGCGCAUCACCAUUUACAUCAUGUAUAUCCUCAUAUAAUCUCAUGCUGGUUGAUAAGUACCUAAAUAUGUACGUGAAGGUCGAGAAACCGACCACAAAUGUUUUAAUGUAUGUGCAAUAAGAGGUGUAAUGGUAUUUGUGUUGUCUCUCUGAUAGAAGAGAGAUGUGUUGGAAACGGUGAAAUCUUUGAUUAAUUUUGUGGUGUAGACGAUUUUUCCUUUAAUGUAGUAAGGGUAUAGUCCUGCAGAUUUUCAAAGCCAACCGGGACGUUCAUUUAAUUAUGCUGGUGAAGACAUUGAUCUGGAAACCAAAACCAAUUUUAACGACACUCAUCGUUGUGGUCAUCGUCAUCAUUAUCAUUAUCAUCAUCGUCAUCGUCAUCACAAACAACAACAAAUAUAUUAAAUGGAAUUACAACAGUAAUCAAAAGAAUUCGAGAAAGUCUUAGACCUUUUAUGGAAUAAGUUAAAGUAGCAGGUUGAUCGUAGGAUCUAAGAUAGCGAACCUGUGUUGGCUUUUUCUUAGAAUUACACCUCCAUUUUGUUUUUCUUCAUUACUGUGAAGCUUGAGGGAGUAUCGAACCGUUUGAAUCAGGUCUAAAUACUCUUGUAUGGCAAGUUUCGAAGUUACAGUCCUCAUCUGAAAGUUUUGAAAGCUUUCUUGCCUCGUCUUCCCUUACUUCUAUUGUCGAAGACUAUUCUGUUUAACUGGAGAAAAAGAAAAUAGAUUUAAUAUUCACGUAGAAGUGUAUAUUUAAUAAGGUUUGACAGAUAGGUUUGCGUGUGUAUAAUGUAAAGAUCUCGUAUAAGCUAGACUUUGCUCCGGGGCAAGUGUUUGCAUAGCUAAUUAAACGUGUAGCCUUUGGUCACGAUAAAAACCUGGCUAGGUUUUGAACCAAUUUAUACAAAAGAGAUAGAAACAGUUUCGUUUAACUCUGUGCUUUGCAUUAGUUUUCCAAUUUUUCUGCCCCUUUUUACUGACAGCAAGCUUUCGCGCGCUUUUAUGUGUUUUGCGCUCUGCGCAUCGGUAGCAGAUUUUCCCGCUCUUGACACUGGUUACCAAUAUUUUCGCGCCUUUGGAAGUUUAAGCUGCUAAGUUUCCCGCUCUUUGUAUUGGUAACAGAUUUUCCUACUCCUACCACCGUUAAAAUGCUCGCUUUCCCGCAUUGGGCGUCGGUCUUCAUUUUUAUGCCAUUUAUCAAGUCGUCAUGUGGUCUCAAGAUUAUUUUUUUUCCGUUGUUGUUGUUGAUUUAAAGUAAUUUUUCGCCAGGAACGAACAAAAACACUUUGAAAAAAAUAUUUAAAUUUUUUUUCGUUAUAGAAAAGUAGUUUUAUGAGUCAAAGGUUUCUGUCUUUCUUUCCUUUGUUUGUUUGUUUGUUUAGGGGUUUUAUCAUUGUUAUUUUUUUCUUUUUCAAGUGAGGUCAGAUUUCUCCAUUUUUGAGGUUUUUUUUUUUUUGGUUCGAUUUUAAGCAGUUUUCUCGUUCAACAUAUUUUUUCCUUUGUGUUGAGCUAGCAAAACAACGUAAAGAAAAACCCAAGCCAAAGGUUUUAACCAUAGCAUUUACUGUACGCAUAAAUUAUGGAUUUAGGAUUCUUCACAUUUAAAUGUUAGGGUGUGAGCUGCUCUAGACAUUGCUUGCUUUAAAGUGGUGAAAAUAAUUAAGAUAUCGGCGUGACAUUUUUGUAGAUUGAGCAAAAUUGUUCAAGGAUUGUGGAGCAAAACCUGUCUAGAGCUUUUAACAUGUUAUCAUAUAUAUAUUUAAGAUGAAUAUAAUGUGUAGACCUAGGAAUUGUUAAGUAUACCAAAUUCAGGUUAGGCUUGAACUGUCAGGAGUUAAAGAGUAAAUUAAGAGCCAGUUCAACAUACAUACUAGCUUCAAUUAUCCUCUCUAAACUAGAAAGUCAGUAUUAUGACAAAGUGGCUUUCUGAAACGGAGAUGAGAGGUAAAGAUUGGGAAGGGGUAGGUGUGGAAUGUCCCUCCCGAGUUGGCCGAGAUUGAACCAAAGUGGAACUCACAGCAAAUAAUCCUUUACCUCUCGCACCCGUUUAGAUUUCACUGUACAAACGGGACUUCCGAUCAGGAGUGUAGACAGUUGAUUAAAGCUCAAUGUACAAGUUCUUGAUGUGUUCGUAGAUCUUGAGUUCCCGAGUUCCCGUGGUCUCUAAUUUACACACCCCACCCCGGUCAAACUUUUUGUGCCCCAUUAAGAAUAGCAAACUGCUCUCCUGCGCUUAAAGAGGUGAAGUUACAAAAUUCACGCCAAAAAAUUCGACUGUUGUCAACACUCAAAAGGGGUGGUAAGGGGUGAAGUUGUCACAGUUGGCAACACGUGACGAACAUUGGAUCUUUGGUAUCAAAAUUGCCAUCCCAGUGAUGAUACCGAAUGGCAAUGUGUUAUCCCUCGCCAUGAAUCUUUCUGAGUACACUCUUGCUUUUUCCUGCUUUUCACAACGAUGAACUAUUAGUGCCCGUGGAAGAACUGAGCCAAUGGAAGGAAGGAAGGAAACCUUCGGACCAAACUUAACGUCAAUGAUGUUUACUUAUCGCCUAGGUGGGAGGGCCGGAAGGGAAAAUAUUUGGCUCGUGGUCACUUCAGCUUUCGCAAUGUUUCCUUUUGGAUUGCACUUAUGGACUCUCAUUUUACGCCCUACUUCAUCUUCCGUCGGAAAUAUGAGCCCGCGCUCCUGAAGACCGGACGCGAAAAAGUGGUGGAAUUGAGCCCAGACUGUGGCGGGUCAUGAUAAAUUCCAUUAUUUUCUUUCUUCCCCUUCCGGUGACAAGCUCCCCUUCUUAAACUCUAGUCUGCAGUAAUUUUUCCUCUUCAACGUUUCCCACUCCCCUCGAAAUGAAAAACUGUACAAUACUAAGUUGGUUGUCUUAUAAUUGUAGAAGGUAGCGUUGCGGUACAGAAAAUACUUGUUUCGAAAGCCUGCAACAGCUUCCGGUUUUAACAUCAAAGGCUCUGAACCGUAGAGCAAUAAAUUAUCUGUGAUAUUCAUUUCAUGUUGGCGACAAAGCAGGAGAAAAUUAAGUAACUUCUAUUUCAACUAGCUCGCAGAAAAAUUUUGGUAGAUAAGUCCUUCCCUGUUGAGAUUUCCCACCCCCUCGAUCUUCCCUCAGCCUGCCAUCAGGCUUCAUGAAAGCUUGAGAUGUUAGUAAACUCCAAGAGUCUGGGCUCCAUUUUUCGGUCUCUGACCUUUGUUAGAAGGUGUCUCAUUAAAGCAUUAAAUAUUCUUAACUGCCAAGCCAUCAUUUUCGAACUGUUUACAUUUCCAGUCAAAUUAUGAUUUAAAGUUAAAAAUACGUUGUGAGGCUUCCAGUUCCUUUGUGUGACUUGGGAUCUCGAGCGAGGUCUGGGGUAAGCGUCCUAAAGCCUUGACUUUUCGCCGAAAAAGGCCGGAAACAUUUUGGAGUUCUUGGAAAGAUACGCAUCAGUGAGACGUGUCAAAGACGUUUCAUGUGGAAUUCAAAUUUGCGUCAUGAAAUGAUUUGCUUUCUAUAGAAAGACUAUCAAACCUUAAUUUAAAGAGGGCUAACAGAUCGCAACCACGAAAGUUCUCUUAUCGCUUUAAGGGCUCCCGCGAUCACAGACCUAAAUCAAAUUUGGUAGAAAAAGCGAUCCAUACAACAUGGAAGGAGCAGAGGUUGAUGUUUUUCAUCUCGAUCGUCUGCAAGCUUUCAACGACGCCGUUUUCGCCAUAGUUGCCACUAUCUUAGUUCUGCCGGUGCGAAAACUCGAAGAGACAGGGGCCUCGGAGCACGUCAGCUUGGAAGAACAACUGAAACAUAGAUGGCCCCAGCUUGUGAUCUACAUGGUCGGUUUUCUCAUGAUGUGCGCUGUAUGGGAGUCUCAUGUGCUUCGAUUUCGUAUCUUGUCACGGGUGGACGAUGUCAUGAUCUGGUUCAACCUUACUUCUCUGCUGUUUACUUCGUGCCUCCCGUUCACGUGCGCUCUAGAGGGAACGUUUACAAGCAAGGGUACACCAAUGGCGCUAGUAUGUGGAAAUCUCAUUGCUUUGGAGAUAUUAGAGGUAAUCAUGAUAGUAUAUGCUUUCCGCCAGCCACGUUUGUUGGCUCAAGAAUUUGACACUCUCACCCAAGAUGAAAUGAAGCAAAGAAUGAAACUUAUGCUCGUAAAGAAAGCCGUCAUAGUAAGUCUUUACGUGCUCGCUGGUCUCCUUAGCUUCUUGCAGAAGCCGCUAGCGCUCGUGGUAGCGGCUGUUGUCGCCGUGUCCCCUUGGAUUAAUCGUCUUGUCGGUGUUACUUAUCGCAAAUGGUCGCAUAUUCGUCUGACUGACUCGGAAUUCGAUCGCAUGUUCGGGAAUUUCAUCGACAAAGAGAGAGUGGAAUUCUUUAGCGACGGAGUCUUCGCUAUCGUGUCUACAUUGUUAAUUCUGGAUGUUACAGUCGAAGAUUUCCCGACGAAAGCGGAAGUAAGCAGCCAUGGUUUUGUAUAUACGAUGCAAAGCGUUAGGCCGGACAUUUCCACGUAUGCAGUCACGUUCAUAGUCGUGGCUCUUCUGUGGUUCACGCACCAUUCGCUCUUCAACUACAUCCAUACACUAAACCAAGUAAUGCUAAUUCUCAACAAUUUAUCUCUGGCUUUCCUGGGUCUUUUUCCCCUGAUCAACGCCACACUGGAUCGUUACGCCGGACGCGGCAAACCAGAUAGUCGCCUUGCUCUCCAAGCGGCUGCUUCAAUCGUUUUCAUGGCCGGCAUAUCUCAAGGAGUAGUGUUUAUUAUCGCAAUAUGGAAAGGCCCGACUGAUCCGGAAUCGCAAGAAAAUCCUCGCGAGGAUCCUCGCUUUCGGUGUACGGCACACUCGUAUCUCGCGUUCAAGCUGGCAACUAUUCCUCUCAUGACCUUAGGGGUGUAUUUUUGGGCAACAUUCGGCCCUAACACAUCCUUUUCAGUUGAUGUUUAUUACAUAGCCGGUGGAUUAACCCCAGUUCUUUUCAUCCUGUUAAAGCUCGUGUUAUCAUGUUUGCAGAGGGUUCACUAUCGCCGCUCAUUUCAAAUACGAGAAGAAAACUGGACCAUCGUAACUCAUGACCUGGAAUCAGAGGAUUAUCCCAGAGUGGUUUAG